AUGGAAGUUCCAUUACCCCCAUACUUACCAUGCCCAGUCAAAGCAUUAGCCACCAAACAAAUCCAUGUUGGUGCCAAACUCUGUGAGUAUAUCAAGAAACAGAUGAAAACCGAUGUUCCUACCGAUUUCAAAGAUAAUUGUGAUGCUCUUGAUGCCCUCAGAGAACAGCUUCGUAACUCUCAAGCAGUUACAUCAGAGACCGUUGAAAAUCUUACUACUUACUUCAAUAUGCUUUCAAAACUUACAUCUGGAAUAAAUAUCUCAGAUAAAGGUGCCGGUGCCGGUUUUACAUACAACAAUGUCACAUUCUAUUCGAUCCAAUUCGAAAAUGUCUGCAUGUGUUACAAUUUUGCCGUUAUUCUUUUUAAUAAUUUAAAUUCCAUGAAUGCUGACGGAAAGAACUUCAAGCAGACUGUUCCAAUGAUCAAGACCCUCAAGUCAUUAUUAGACAGAGCCCUUGAAUACCAUAACGAAGACUUUAACAAGGUAAUUACCGCUGCAACACUUGAUGACUUACAGUCUUAUGCCAACGGCGAUUACAACAUGGCCCAGCACUCUGUAUUCGUUGGCAUGAAUAAGGAGACUAAAUUGGCCGAAUACGCAAAUCUCACAGCUCAAAAACUCAAAAUGAUUAAUCCACCGAACGAAGAUUACCAGAAGUACUACACAGCAAUUGCCAGUAUCUAUCUUGGCAAUGAGAAGUACAAAAACAGUGAAUACGGUGUAGCAAUUGGCCUAUUUAGACAGGCAUACAAGAUUAUUCCAGAACCAUCCACUCUUAAGAAGUCCAAGUCCCCAUUCAAGGAGCACUGGAUCACACUCUACAAUGCCUGCAAGCCACAAUUCGAUAAAAUGGAAACAGAAAACGAUAAAUUCUUCGGAGAAAUAAUUCCACGUAAUUUACCUGAUAUUCCUGUUGGCAAGGCCACACAGCUCACAGGAUCCAUUGAAUGGAAUAAGACAACCAUCGAAACAAAGAAAUUCGAUGAUUCAGCCGCAUCUUCCUUAAUCCAGAAAGUUGACAACAGAUUAAGCAACUUCAGAGAGGAGUCAUCACAUGCUCUAGACGAUAUUUCUAAAACUCUUCGCGAUCUCCCUACAGCUGAAUUUGACGAGGCAACAAACGUCCACAACCAGUUAAUUGCCAAGCGCCAGGAAGCAGGAGAUCUAUCUGCAAGAUUAUCUCAGCUUCUCGGUAUCAAAGCUGCUCAAAUUUCGCAAAGAAAUCCAAAUAUCUUCAAUCAGUACGGACAACUCUCUCAGAUGCUUCAGAAAGCUUACGAAACCGAUGGCUACUUCGAGGGCCAGCUCGCUACUGCACAAUCUAGAGCAGAUACAGUCAGAUCUUACGCACAAAGACUUACAGACCUCCAGGGCUCAAUAAACGCAAUCCUGGACCAGGCAGAAGGUGCUGCAAAGCUCGCUAGAGAAUCAAAUGGAAAAUCUACAGAACAGACAAUCGAAGCAAUGAAAUCCUUCGAAGCUGCUCUCAACGAACUCGCAAACCAGCUCAACCCAAUAUUCGCAGAUACUUUCAAGAUCGUAAAAGAGGCAAAGGCUGCUGCUGCUUCAAUUACUCAGGAAUCUGGUCCAGAAGUACAAUCCGCAAUCAACGGAUUUGGUCAAGGACUCAACUGCUAUUCAAAGCUGUGCGUUAGCUUCAAUAACAUUUUGACCGCUGUCAACCAAUUUUAA